AUAAUGGCAUUAAGACUAUUAAUCAUGAUAUGUGGCUUGAAAUUAGUUAUUGGAAAACGUGAAGGUUUCAUAGUCGGAGGUGAUUAUGUUGAUUCUGUUACAGAAUUCCCUCAUGUCGCUGUUCUGUGGAUAGUUAAAACUGACGGUUAUGAUUGUUUUUGUGGAUCGUCCAUAUUGAACCAAAAGAUUUUGUUAACUGCCGCCCACUGUUUUGAUGAGGUAACGAAAGUAACAGCACUUGCGGGGAGCUUACAUAGACAGAAAGGAAAACUACACCGUAUUGACCGCUACAGGCAACAUAAGCAAUGGGACAGGAGAACUGUCACUAAUGACAUAGCCUUAGCUAGGCUGAAGAAACAGUGGUCAUUCGGGAAGACAGUGCAGAGAGUGAUAUUAAUGCGGAAACCGCCACAAGCAAAAUCAGCAGAAGUGGCCGGUUGGGGUAUAACUGACGAAGAUGACUACAGUGAAACAGAUCUACUUAAGCAUACCAAACAGAAGCUGUGGACUCUUAAUGAGUGCAGAAAAGUCUUACCCAGAGCACCCAAAGGAACUAUUUGCGGCGGCGAGAUAAAAUCAAAGAAAGAUUUCGCUUCUAAUGGAGAUUCCGGCAGUGGCCUCGUCAUUAACAAAAAAAUAAUUGUCGGAAUAGUCUCCUACAAAAUCACAGAAGUGUCACGCAGUCUGGUGGUCUACACGAACGCCCCAUACUUCUACGAUUGGAUUUUGGUCGAAUCGAGACGAUUAACAUGCUCUGAUUAAAGAAACAAAGAUGUGGGUGUAUUUAUUUAAAGCUUUAAUAAAUAAAAUU